AUGGCGACGACACAGACAAUUCCAUCGCCCACCGAUGUGGGCGCGCUGGCCAACAGAAUCAAUUUGUACACCAGAGACCAGCACAACAAGAUCGAUGCGCAGAUGAGCGUACGGUUUGCGUUUGCCAUGAAGCACGGAUUCAUCUAUCGGCAGGGCCUGCUAGCGUUUUACUACGUGUUUGACGCGAUAGAGCAGGAAAUCGACCGUUUGCUGCAGGAUCCACGGGACGCCGCAGAGUGCCAGGCCCGCGACAUUCUGUUACAGUUCUGGGCCGACGAUUUCCGCAGAAGCUCCAAGAUCUUCCAGGACCUAGAGCUGCUGUACGCAGACGUGUACAGCACGCGCGAGUCGCUGACGGCGUUUCUGAACCAGCGCGAGCUGCCACGCGAACAGCAGGCGUUUGUCGACUACAUCCACGCGAGCAUUCGCGCAGAGCCUACAACGGUACUUGCGUACUGCCACGUGCUGUAUCUGGCGCUGUUUGCCGGCGGCAGAGUGAUGCGGUCAACCAUUUACCGCCACACGGGCUUGUUCCCACAUUUCCCGGAUCUGACGCCGCAAGAGGUGGUGCGUAAGGGCACCAAUUUCUUCACUUUCAGUGAUGACGGCGUCGAUGCCGAGAACAAGCUGCGCAAAGAAUACAAACGUGGUUACGAGCUCGCGACGCGGCACGGACUGAGCGAGGACCAGAAAUUGCGUGUCCUGGAAGUAUCGAAGGACAUUUUUGAGUGGAACAUGCGUGUUGUCACCGAGAUCGGCGAAAUUAACCGUUCGCAACUGAUGGGCACUCUGAGUUUCCGACUUGUGACGUUUUUCGUCGAAGAAUGGAAAUACUCUACCAAGCUGACAAAACGUCAGAAAACGCUGGUGCUGGUCGCGGGCGUCUUGUUUCAGCUGUUCCUAGCAUACUGGAUUUUGUCCAAAUGGCUAUGA